AUUAAAGUUGCAAUUAGAGGAGAAAGAAGCAAAGUUUCUAGAAAAUCAGAAAGAAUUCAAGUUAUGUGCAAAACAAGUUAGGAAAUUGAAUGUAAUACUAGCACGCAAAUUAGCUCCAAGAGAUUGUGUUGCAUUUGGAAGAACUUUUGGUCCUCAAGUCAUAAAAGCUUUCAAUAAGAUGUUCGCUGUUCUAUGCGAUGGUUUGACAAUAGCACCUGGAUGGUUAGUUAUACAACAGCGAGAUGCUUCUGAAAUGAAUGUGGAUUUUAAUGGAAAUUGGACCUCAUAUCGCGAAGGAUUUGGAUCCUUUGAUAAGAAUUUUUUCCUUGGAUUGGAGAAGAUCCAUCUUCUGACGAGCAUUCAAGAUAACGAGCUCUAUGUGGAAUUUGAUUUUCCAGGUUAUUCCAGCGGUUACGCUCAGUACAGCAGCAUUGAAGUAGAUGAUGAAGAAAAUAAUUACACUCUCAGUUUGGGAAAAUUCAGUGGACAAUUGGAUAUACUGGGAUCGUGUAAUAGCCAAGUAUUCUCUACAUAUGAUCACGGCAACCAUCAGAAUUGCGCUCGUGAAAAAGGAAUUGGUUGGUGGCAUCAUUCUUGUGAUUCAAGUAAUUUAAAUGAUAAGCCCGAAAUCAAUUAUCCAAAGAUAACAAGGAUGCUCAUACGUCCAACCUAUGAAUUUUUCGAAAAGAAUAAUUGA